GCGGCACUCCGGUGUGGGGGACCCGCGGGCCGGGGGUUGGCCGUGUGCGCUGGCAGCCGAGGGCGCGGCCCGGGCCAGUGGAGAAGGAGCCGCCUCUGACUUCCCCAGACCCAGUGCUCCCAUCCCCCUCCUGAGCAGCGGCCAUCUCUGGCCUCAGUUUCCCCGACACAGGAAGAGAGAGGAGACUGGGUGCCUGGGUUUCGGUCGCUCAGCCCAGGAUCUUCUCUCUUUAGCAGCUGCUGGACGAACUGGCGCUGUUCUGCUCCAUGGACGCCUCCUCAAGCCCGUGGAAUCCAGCCGCAGCUUCUGUCAGAAGCCCUUCCUUGCUGCUCCCUAUCCCCGCCAUUGUCUUCAUAGCUGUGGGCAUCUAUUUGCUGUUGUUGGGCCUGGUGCUGCUGACCAGGCGCUGCCUUCGGGCCCAGGGCUGCUGCACAGACUGUACCACCCCCUGCAAAAACCAGGGUGCCUCAGAGACCCAAGACUGCUGCUGGACCUGUGCGGAAACCUGGGAUUUCCCUUUGCCCAGCCCAGCCCACUGCCUGGAUGCCUGCUGCCCCCAGCCCAGCGAUCCCGGUUGGGCUCCUCGUUGUCCACGCUGCUGCCCACUGUGCGACUGUGCCUGUGCCUGCCAGCUUCCUGACUGCCAGAGUCUCAACUGUCUGUGCUUCGAGAUCAAGCUCCGAUGAGGGCCUAAUCCUUUGGGAAGUGGCCAGCACUCAGGGCCCACAUGCCCUCCUUAUCCUUGGGCCCUGAGGACAUCUCUGGCCAAGCCACUGGAACUACACAUGGCUGUCCAGCUUGCCCGUCUGGGAGUCUUCAGUGGAGGGCCUGGUUCCCUGAGGGAUGGAAAGGAGAAGGGUUGAUGCACUGGACAAUGUCCCUGCCCCCUUCCGGAGCAAACUCUUUUAUGUGAAAGUGAGGAUUGCUCACCACACAGCAGUAUGGGAUGAACUCAACUAACCUUGAGGAUCAAGAUAUGGGAUGUCCAACCAUGGACACUUGGUUAUUUUAGGAGAUCCCUCUCCAAAGAUUUCAUUCUUCUGACAACCAAGUCUGGCUUUCUAAGGAAAAAAGUACCUCUGAAGGACCGGUGAAUGGUGAGCGGGCCCCUCCUCCACUCAGGGCAGAGCAAGGCUUUCUCUUCCCCCACACGGGGCCGCCACGUUGGCAUGAAUGUCAGGAGCUUCAGGUUUCCCUAAAUAUAGGUCUCUGCCGCGGAGAUCCGUGGUGGGGAAAGG